AUGGACUUUGCAAGGUACUGCCUGCUCCUGCUCUUCGUCUCAUCUCGCAUUGCGGCAAGAUACGAUCAUGUCCCCUCGUCCUUCGACUGGACAGCCGAGCCGUCUCUGAGGGAAUUCCUCGUCGAUCACACGCUCUCACCUGGAUUCCUGCCCGGAUGCGUGAAGAGAAUGAUCCUUGACGAGACAGCUCAGCUCAAAUUUUUCACCCUGGAUGGAAAUCUGGUGGAAAAGGAAGUAUUCGUCGGUCUGCGUGAACAGAAAUUCCCCACGUACCGGUCCUGCCUACUUCACGUUCUCUGGCUGGAAGAUGACAUAGAAAUGGCCACGCGGUAUCUUCAGCGAGCUGUGAGCCAGUGGCAGACGAGAUCCUCCGAUUUCUACCUCCUCCUUUUCGGACAGAAAAUCGGGACGGCAAAGGCGAAAGGACUCCUGCCUUCCUUGGCAGGUGGAGGAAACUUCCUCAAUAUUGCGAUUGUCUCUCACUUCAACGACAAGAUCGAGAACCUCCUGUUCUACGAGCCAGAAAUCUCAUUUGCGGCAAACGUCGCAAGCGUGAGAUUCCUGACAUCGUGGCGGCAAUGGAAGCGGGAACGCAUCGAGGAAGAGAGGCGGGAAACCGGCAAUGAAAGGAAGACCUCACGGAGGCCUCUCAGCGAGGAGAUAUUCCGAGAUCGAUUUUCGGACAUGAGGGGAAAAGUUCUCAGCAUUACUUAUUGGAAGGUCUGGGUGCUGAUCGCAUUGACCUGGUUCUCUGCAGCGACUUUCAACUGGAUCCUGGCUCGAUACGGCAUCAGCCAGCCCCCUCACUUACCAUCUGACUUCAUGAGACAGGCCCUCAGACUCAGCAUGGCAAGGCACAAGGAAAACAAGCGAGCAACGACCAGCAAUGCCCCCCGGGUCUGGAGAAUCUCCUGGCUCGUUUUCGCAUACAUCACGACCCUGUGCUACGCCUCGCUCCUCAUCAGUUUCCUCGCGAUCCCAAAGGAACAAAAACCCAUCGACCUGUUCGAAGACCUCGCAGCCUCCAAUUAUUUUGUCACCGUCGAACGAGGCUCCCUCGAGGAUCUCGUCAUCCAGAACUCGACAGACAUGGAAAUCGGACCUCUGAACGAGAAGAUGCGCGGACAGCCACCCGCACUCACUUACCUGGACGACGAGGACGAAGGCAUCGAACACGUGGUCAAGAACGGUCGCAGCGCCUUCAUCUACAGCCGAAAUAUCCUCGAGGCGCUCGUCAAGACCACGCUCUCUCUCGAAAUACAGGAAAAAAUUUACAUCUCCCACGAUAAUUUCAUGCAAAACGAUUACGUCUGGCCCGCCCGGAAGGGAGCUGCCUGGAUCCCCUCAUUCAAUAAGGUCAUUCGGCGGUGCGUGGAAGCAGGUCUGGUGGACAGAUGGACCGAUGAGUUCAUUCAACAAUAUAGACGACUGGGUGAACAUGAAGAACAUGAAGAAAUGGAAAAAGAAGAGCGGGAAGAAAAAGGAAAACGAGAAGUUAAAGGAAAACGGAAUGAAAAAGAAAAACAAGAGGAAGGAAAAAAGGAAGAAAAUGAAGAUACAGAAGAAGAAGCAAACCCGACGAACGAGACAUCAGACGAGACCCGAACCCUCCAGCUGAUUCAUUUCCAAGGAGCAUUCGUCAUCCUGGCCGUAGGCUGGGCGCUUGCCGCUGUGGCCUUCAUCGAGGAGUUAAUUAUACGCGCCAAGGAGAAGGCCGACGCCCAGAAACGGAGUUUCACGGGACGAAAUCAACUGAGCGGUCACUCACUUCCUCGCAGCUCCGAUGAUCGAUAUCAAUGCAUUCAGUUCAAGAUGGAUUUUGCAAGGUACUGCCUGUUCCUGCUCUUCGUCCCAUCUCGCAUCGCGGCAAGAUACGAUCAUGUCCCCUCGUCCUUCGACUGGACAGCCGAGCCGUCUCUGAGGGAAUUCCUCGUCGAUCAGCCGCUCUCACCUGGAUUCCUGCCUGGAUGCGUGAAGAGACUGAUCCUAGACGAGACAGCUCAGCUCAAAUUCUUCGCCCUGGAUGGAGGUCUGGCCGAGAUGGAAUUGUUUCUCGGCCUGCCCCAACAGGAAUUCGCCACUUACGAGUCCUGCCUCCUUCACGUACUUUGGCUCGAAGACGAUCCGGGGUUGGCUACCGAGUACCUCCAGCAAGCCUUGAGCCAUUGGCAGACAGGAUCCUCCGAUUUCUUCCUCCUCCUUUUCGGACAAGAAGUCGGGACGAGGAGAGCGAAGGCCGUCUUGCCUUCCUUGGCAUAUGCGGGCGACUUCAUCCACAUCGUGAUUGCGUCGCACUUCGUCGAAAAGGUUCAGCGAGCAUCGCAAGCGCCAGAAAGUUCUUUUUCGGGGAACGUCACGAGCGUGAAAUUGCUAACCUCUUGGCGAAAAUGGAAGCGGGACCAGCUUCGAAUCGAGGAAGACAGACAGGAAAACAGGACACAGCUAGAGGAUUUCUCCGCGAGGCCUCUCAGCGAGGAAAUAUUCCAAGAUCGAUUUUCGGACAUGAGGGGAAAAGUCCUGCGUGUCACUUAUUUGAAAGCUUUUCCUCACGUUUGGGAAUGGACGGACGAAACAGGAGGGAUCCAGCUGGUAGGAUGGGAGACCCAGUUGCUGGAGGAGAUCGCACGAAGAAGAAACGUCGUCAUCGAUUACAUGAAGUCGCCUGAUGGAACGUCGGGGAGAUUCGACAAAGCGAAGAAGAAAUGGACCGGAAUGUUUGGCCAAGUCGUCUACGGCGAGGCAGACCUGGCGAUCGGCGCCCAAUUGGUCCUACCAGAUGCCCACUCGGCCCUGGACUUCUCCACCCCCUUCAGCACCUCUGCCUCGACCUUCAUCAUCCAGAAACCCGGUCAUGAGCCUCGUUGGAAGGCUCUCAUCCUCCCCUUCCAGUGGCCGGUCUGGGUGCUGGUCAUAUUGAGCUGGUUCGUUGCGGCAACCUUCAACUGGAUCCUCGCACGUUACGGCGUCAGCCAACUCCCUCACUUACCAGUUAGCUUCAUGGGACAAGCCCUAAGACUCAGCAUGGCGCGUCACGUGGAAGAGAAGCAGGCGACCAGGAGCAACGCUCCCAGGGUCUGGCGGCUAUUCUGGCUCUACUUCGCGUUCUUCACGGCCCUGUGUUACUCCACGCUUCUCACCAGUUACCUGGCGAUCCCGGCCGAGCAGAAGCCCGUCGAUCUGUUCGAAGACCUGGCGAUCUCGGAUUAUUUUCUCAUGCUCGAACGUGACUCUCUCGAAUUCCACGUCAUCCACAACUCGACAGACGACGAGAUCGGACCACUAAAUGAGAAGCUGCUUCUACAACCACCCGAACUCACAUACCUGGAAUCAGAGUACCAAGGUAUCGAAAACGUGGUCAUGAACGAUCAAAAUGCAUUCAUCUACAGUCGAGAUAUCCUCGAGGCUCUCAUCGGGACCACUCUCUCUCCCACCCAGCAGGAAAAAAUCCACAUUUCCAAGGACGAUUUCAUGCAGAACUAUUACAUCUGGCCCGCCCGAAAGGGGGCUCCCUGGAUCCCUUCAUUUAAUAAAGUCAUUCGUAGCUGCGUGGAAGCUGGCCUGGUCGACCGAUGGAAGCGCGAGUCCAUUCAGCACUACAGGCAACCGGGGCAGACCGACGAACCCGAAGAAACCCCGAAGAAGGAGACGGCGACCGAAUCGGACGACACCAACGAAAGCCUCCAGCUGAUUUACUUCCAGGGAGCAUUCAUCAUCCUGGGCCUGGGCUGCGCGAUCGCCAUCGUGGCCUUCAUCGACGAGCUCUGCGUCCACGCCAAGGAGAAGGCCGAUGCCCAGAAACGGGAUUUCAUUCAACGGAAUCAAAGGAUGCUUCAUCAAUUCGCGCGCAACGACUGA